AUGAGCGGUGCCGCUAGCUCAUCUUCCACAACAAGAAGGCCCCUUCCAUCCACUUCACCUCCUGUCCCAAACGGACCUCCUCUCGUUACCCCUGAUGCUCCCCGCCCCACCGCUAGUGGUCGCCCGAAAAAGAAAGCUCCAGAACCACCCGAUCCUGUCUCCAUAUAUGAAAGCGUGCGAAACAGGAUUGCAGCGCUUGAAGAGUUUGAAAAUCGCGAGGAGGAAGAAGACCAGAAAACGGCCGAGGAGGCCAACUUGCGAGUGAAAGACAUGUCUGAUUCAGCUAUUCAUCAGAAAUACGUCGAGCUUUAUCAACAACUCAAGCGUGUCGAGCGAGAACACGUUAGGGAAAGGCAGAAAUUAAUCAAGGAUAAAGAUGCCACCAGGUCCCAAUUGAAUAAGGCCAAUUUAGCACGUACUAAGCUCGAGAAUCUGGCCAGAGAGCUUCAGAAGGACAACAAGCGGCUCAGAGAAGAUAGCAAGCGAUUGCUUUCAAGUGUUGAAGAUGCCCAAGAAGUGAUCGAAACCAUGAAGAACGAAAUCGAACGACGAGUCGAUGAUGUUAAAUCCCGUCGUCAAAGCUUUCGCGACUCCGAAUUCUUCAUCAAAGUAAUGUGCAAAUAUCGUGUUGAGCUUGCCUUUAAAGUAACGCGUAAGAUGAAACUCGAGAGGUUAUUCAGUGCAUGGUCUAUGCGGAUGGCCUCUUCGGACAAUUCUGCUGUCAAUGCCUCCACCGACGCUGAUGCUAAAAGCAGCGUGAAGGAAUAUUUUUCUCACCCUGCAACUACUGCUGUCACUGUUGCUGAUUUCAUUUUUACGCACUACGGGAGGAGUCUCAAUGGGGAUAAUACGGUUGAAGAAGCAGGGAUCGAGGAGAACGAUGUGAUCAUUGCUAUUGAAAUGAUGGAUCUUACGGAGGAUGGUGUGGUACGCCUUGAUACAUUUUCUUUUGGUGAUCUUGUGCUGACGAGUCAAAGGGAACGGUUGAAGAAACACUGGCAAGAAGAUCCGAUAGAGUAUGGACACGCGUUUCCUUCGGAACUUGUUGCUGUAGUGCAGACGCGCCUCAUUGACCUGUUACGACAAUACGAAUUACGGGAACGGCAUUUUGAAGCCAUCUUGCGUUCGAAAGAACUAGAAGUUCUCCUAGCCAAGGCUCGUGCGGAGGAACAGAAGAAUAUUGCCGAAGCCGAAAAAGAUGGGUUGAAAGCCGUGCAAUCGGAUAAUAAACAAUUGCAACAGUCGAUAGAAGCGAUGCAUUCUUCUCAGACGAAGUUAAUGGACAAACUGAUAGCAUGCUGUAAAGAGGCAAGUUAUUGUAUUCGCCCCCCAAAUCUCCAUCUUCUAUCUUACUAA